CUGAGCCCCUUCAACACGUACCCACCCUUCAUUUACAAGUGUCACUUUCUCCUCCUACUUCUCUUCACUGUGCCCACUCCUCAUUGGCUAUCUCUCUCACUUCUCCACCACCAAUAUUCAUCCCCCUCUCCUUUUAUAACUCUUCUUCUUCUCCCCCAUUUUACGCCCUCUUCACUCAAGUUUUAAUUUUGCGCCUUCCCGGCAUCCUCAUCAAUUUGCUCCUCUCUUGUCUGUUAGAACAGAAGACUCUUCGCGGGCUUAAACAAAUCUAUCGCCAUGAUUAAGACUUUACAUCCCUAUUCCAACACUGCGAAAACUGCUGAAAUCAUGUCUCGGUAUAGGCCCAUAGCUCCGAAGCCUGAGACUCCGGGGAAUUCUGUGGCUGAUGGUUCCUCCCUUUGCCAAAAGAUCAAGCAGUCUCCUUACCUUAGGAAUCUCUGGCCACAGUUGCAGGCACGCCCUACCAGGACCCGAAAGAGAGGCCGAGCUUCUAUGCCACUACUGCCCUCUCUCAAGAGGCAGAAGACCCAAGUUUUGGGCUUUUGUUCGCCUUGCCAUGUAACCUCUCCUGCAAAGAACCUUUCUUUACAGAGUUUUACUCAUAGUCACAGCCUGCCUCAACUCCCUCCUCCUCCUCCUAACCAUGGGAUGCUUAACUCCGGCUGGGAAAAACCUUCCAAUAAUACUCCAAGUUUAGUGACACUUCCACUUCUUCCGUGUUCUCCACCGGAAACGGCCACAGUCAAGGGAGAAGAGACUAUCGAUUUGAACACUACAGCAGAAAUCCCAGAGGAAAAAGAUCUCUUGCAGCAAUUGCAGACGCCAGCUGUAAGCAUUGUUAUCGCACCUCGGCCAGUUCGCCCUCUUGGUUCUAGCAUAAGCGUCGGGUGCAUCAAUGAAGACCCUGGCCUGCCCCCAGCAUCUCGAGCCCCAAAAACACCAGAGGAGGUUGAACUAGAAGUUGAGUCUGAGGCCUUACCUGUUGUCAUAUCAGACUCAAACAACCAAGUUAGAAUGGCAAAUUCUGCUUACAAGGAGAUGGUGGGUCAGCCAGAGUGCCCUUGGCUCGACUCGAUGGUGACCGGUGAUGGAAGACUCCCAUGCCGCUCGUGCAAGAGGAUCAGUGGGGAGGUGACGCUGCGUCUUUGUGAUUCAAGCGUGCCAAUUUCGUCAAGCGGCUUUACUUGCUGGGUGAGGAUCGAAUGGAAACCAAACGAAAAAAUCAGCUCACUCAACGCUUUCUGUGACGUCCUCAGAUUAUCCUGUGAAUCCAGAGACUACCUCUUUAAGUGGAGGUUUCACACUCGCACACCCACGAGAGAAGGUUCUCAAUCUAGUUGCAAUGUCUGAAAUGUCACUAUACAUAGUCCAUAGCUCUAAACCUUUAGCAAGCGCCUUGAUUUUCUGUAAUUAUCGGCAUAUAUAUAGUAUAUAUGAAUAGGAUUAUAAUAUGUUAGGGAUCAAGUAGUGGUUUUUGUUUCUAGUAUUAACUAUGUAACAAGGAAAUUACCAGAAUAGCGAUCCUGUAUUUAUGCAUAAGAAAUUCGCAAUUAG